AUGGCUAAAUACUUUGCUUUUCAAUAUCUGCGAAAGAACCAGCCAUUGGCCCUUUAUUUUUACGCCGUACCGCGAUUAUGUCUGAGCUUAAUGGGCUAUUGGCCGACUCCAAAGGCCAAGUUACAGUGUCGUGCUCUCGUCCACUUUGCGAUAUUGACCAUCGGAGUGGUAACCGAAUUGCACGCUGGCUUCAUGUACGUAAUUUCCAAUCAGAUUACGUUGGCACUGGAAACAUUCUGUCCGGCAAUCACCUCGGCGGUUACCUUGUUGAAGAUGUUCCUCAUGUUGCGCCAUCGUCGCGAUCUCUUCUACGUGGUGAGCCAUCUAAGGCAUCUUUUAUUUGACAUUAAAAUUGCUGAUGGAACGCAUUCAAUCAUACGCCAAAAUUCUUUAAUGGCGGCAAGAUUGAAUUUCUGGCCAGUUUCGGCCGGAUUCUCUACGUGCAGCUUAUACAAUCUGAAGCCAUUGCUAUUGGCCUUGUUUGUCUAUCUUCAGGGACGCAAGGAUGAGAUUGUCUGGAGCACACCUUUUAAUAUGACCAUGCCCAGCUUUCUACUGCUCUCACCAUAUUUUCCGGCUACGUAUAUUUUUAUUGCCUAUACGGGCUAUAUUACGGUUUUCAUGUUUGGUGGAUGUGAUGCCUUUUACUUUGAGUUCUGUGUCCACAUUGGCACACUCUUCAAAUCUCUUCAGGAGGACACGCGUGCUCUCUUUCGUCAACACCGGAAUGUGGUGCAAAUUGAUGGAGUGAGAUCUGCACACUUUGAGGCAUCAUUUGUGGUGCUCAUCAAGCGACAGAUUCGUAUAAUUGAGUUGACGCACUUCUUUCGACAACGCUACAGAACCAUCACCAUGUUGCACUUUGUGUCCGCCAGCUUGGUGAUUGCCUUUAGCAUCUUCAAUCUGAUGACCGUCGGUGGCAAUGGACUCGGAACCAUGCUCUACGUCGGCUACACGGUGGCAGCUCUCAGUCAAUUACUUAUCUAUUGCUACGGCGGCACUUUGGUCACCGAGAGCAGCAUGGAAUUGGGUACGGUGAUGGGCACCUGUUCCUGGCAUCUCUGUCUGCCCAAACAUCGCCGUUAUGUACAUCUCUUUAUUCUGCGAUCGCAGAGAGCUCUCACCAUGGCAGUACCCUUCUUUUCCCCCUCCUUGGGCACCUUUGGCGCGAUAUUGCAGACAUCUGGUUCGAUUAUCGCAUUGGCCAAAUCCUUUCAAUAAUUGCAGCUCUUAUUAUCUUUAUUUUUUAAAGAAAUUCUUAAUAUUUUAUAAA